GUAGUUUUGCUCUUUCUGAUCUCCAACUCAACGAAAAAAUUAUAUCAUUCUUGUUAUUAUCAUUGAUGGAGAAUUUGAGGUCUAAAUCAACAAGAGAAGGAGGCAACUGGCGGCAGCCUAGCAGUUUUCCCCCAACAAGCAGCAGGAACGAUUUCAGAAGUUACAGCACUUCGUCUUAUGCUGCUAAUGAUAAUAAUGAUAAUGAGGAAGUGAAAAGGAAGACAGCGAAGAGAAGCAAGAGCAAAGUCGUCGUGUCACCGUUAUCGUCUCAGAGCUUUCGUGAAGCCGAAGAGCAGAGGAAAAAGAGAGUUGAGAGUUACCGGGCAUUCGCCAAGGACGGGAAGGUGAAGGGUUCUUUAAGGUGGAUCAAAGCCCACUUUUUCUCUACCUGCAAGUGUUAGUGGUGUACUCUUCCACUAUAUGAGUGUAAUAUAUAUUCUAUAUAAAGGAAAAGAAUCUCUGAUCUUAAUAAUUCAUCUAUGAAUCCUCAUCUCUUUCUCUGCAUUACUAUAGAUUCCCUCCCCCCCUCUCUUUUUUCUGAAAUUUGUAGGGGAAGCCCGGAAGGUACCUCCAUUUUUUAAAGUACGUAUAUACCUCUUCAAGAGGAGUACUAAUAGAGUUAUGCAAUUUGCUAAAGUUUAU